AUGUUGACGCAAAGAUCUAUUCCUGAAGUUAAGGAAGAACAGUCAGGAUACGCCAUAAAUGAACGUAAAACUAAGCUUUCUCAAUUCUUAGAUUUAGGUCCUCCUGAUCUUAUCACAUUAGUCAAAUAUAUUGCCUCAAGCAAUAGCUCUACUCAUGCCAAUUUGUCUGAAAAGCUUGGAGAUUCCGCUUCGAUUGCCAAUGUAGAUCCUGCAACUAUACUGGCAGAAUUACAUUCUCAUGAUAAAUUGAAAGGUGAAAUUGGUACUUAUUUUUAUUCGUUAGGGACAGAUACUUCUGACCCUACAUCAAUCACAAUUUUUUUAAAGAAAAUUGCCGAUUUGAUUACUGAACAACCUCAAGUAUGGUUUGGUAAAGCAAAACCGUUCCAAGUUGCAAGAGUAUCUAUGUCAACCUGGAAUACCUUUAGAAAAUGUGAUAUGAAUAUUAUUGUCCAUAUGCCAGGGACGGUACAGAUGUUUAUCCUGGAUGCUAAUGAUGAUCAAAUACAUAUUGAACCAAGUUCAGAAGAGAGUAAAAUCAUUUGGGCUGAAACUUUUGUUAGUGGUGUCGUUAGAUCUAUGAUGUUGAUGAAGGAUAAUUAUGAAGAUGGUGAAGUUCAAAACUUGGUGGAGACAUUGAUUGUCGACCCAUUAACCUCGGGAGAACUUGAAGCAGUAGCAGAAGCUUUUAUUGAAUUAUUCCCUAUGGUAUAUGAAAAGGGUGAAUUUUUAGGUUCUCCUUGUGAUGUUAUUAAUACAUCAAGAACAAACAACUAUCUGGCGGAAACAUUGAUUGAAAUUGUAAAUUUAACUCAUUCAGUUGAUCAGUGUCGUGAAAUGUUAGAAAAAUUGAUGGAGACUUACCCCGAAGCGGUUAUUCUAUUGACUCGUAUUCUAUUCGGCAAUGAUAUGGAAAUUGAUGCGAUCGAAUUGAUUUGUGAUCAGUUAGAGAAAAUUGAAGAAUAUGAAAAUAUGGAUUAUAAUAAUAAUGAUAAUAAUAAUAACGAGGAUAGUCAUCCUUCUGUACCAUUACAAUUGGAUUAUAAAUCGGAGUUACUUUGUGUCCAAGCGGAGUUUUUGAUAAAUGUGAAGCAUGAUUAUGUUUUGGCACAACAUGUGGCUCAAAGUGCUGUCAGUUGUACUCCAAGUGAAUUUAAACCAUGGUUUUUGUUAACACGAGCUUAUAUUAGAUUAAAUGAUGUUGAAAAUGCCUUGUAUACAUUAAAUGCUUGUCCAAUGGCGAUAUCAAAGGAGAAGUAUUCCUUAAAAAGAGUUGUCCCCUUUCCAACUAAAACAUCAUUACACUUGCCGCUUCCAGUAGAUGCAGUAUUAGAUGGUGUCACAUCAUUAAAUCCUCAAGAUCUACAAAGAGAACAUAAGACUGCUGAUCCUGCUUUGGUUAAUCUUGCCUCUGCAAAUCUAAAGUCUACUUACAUACUUUGUUAUAAAUUAUUAACUGAAAUUGUAGCAAUUACUGGUUGGGAUGAUUUAUUAAAAUUUAGAGCACAAAUAUUUAUUAUGGAGAAUGAUUAUCAGAGAAUUGCCACCGAAGAAGCAGCUUAUUCUUCAACAAAUGCAAAUACAGCAGCAUCCUUGAAUAACGUUCCUGUUGAAACAAAUGAGGGUUCUACCUCUCAUGAAGCAGAGAAUGUUGACAAUCCAAAUGCUUCACACAAUGGCUCUAGUAAUGGAACUACUAGUAAUAUACAAAAUAAUGUCUCUAAUAAUAUGAGUAGUAGUCAUACUGUCGUAUCCAAUGCUUCUUCGAUAAUACGUUCAAAGCGUCUUUGUGAAAGAUGGUUAGAUAAUUUAAUCAUGUUGUUGUAUGAAGACUUCAAAGUAUACACUGUAUGGCAAGCAGAGCAUAUGCAACAUGAAGCUCAAAAUUCUGAAUACAGAAAACUCACAUUUGAAUGGGAAUUAUUUGGAUUAUGUGCACGUAGAUUAGGACAUUAUCCAGAGGCCGCCAAAGCGUUCCAAAUGGCACUAUCCCAAAGAUUUUCUGCACAAUCUGCUAGAAAAUUACUAGAAUAUUGCAUUAAAGAACGUCAACGUACUAGACAGAUAGUUAACGUACCUAAUUCUACGAUGACCUCGAACCAAAUCAUGGCGCGUGUCAAUGAGUUAGAUAUGACUAUUAUUGACUUGUGUGUGAAAAUAUGUUGUUGGAAUCAUCGUUGGUAUAUCGAAUUUUCUACGCAACUGUUAAUGGCUAUAAGCUUGGUGGUACAAGAUAUAGGGUUAGUCAAGGUUUCUAAUGAGAUUGCAGCUCGAUACCCAAACUCUGUAUUCGAACUAGUUAGGGACAAUAUGUUGAUAUUCUUAGAAAAAUAUACAAAUGAUUACUUUGAUAAAUAA